AAAUGUUCCAGGGCGGCUCCAUUGUGUGGGGCGAGUGUGGACAGAGAGAGGAGCAGAUGUUGUCUGCUUAAGAGGAUGGCAAUCCCAAUCCAGUCCUUGACCAGGAGCUGUCCUGUCAUCAGGAUUGAGAGGAGCCCGGGGCACCCGGCCCAGGACUCUGUCUCAGCCUGUGGUGCUUCCCUCCCCUAGCUUCUGGCACCUCGACCAGCUUGAGUCAACGUGGAAGAAGAUUGUGAGACCAACACAGGUUGACGAGAAAGCAAAGAGGCCUCAAAAAGCAGAAGUGGGUCGUGGAGAUUGGACCGUCUGGGAGGUGGCUUGAAAUCAGGGGCCUGGCAUUGCUGUGGGUGACCUCUGUGCUGUAGACAUGACCCCGAGGGAUGGGAGGCCUUGGCUGCCUGUAGCUCUGCUCCUUCUGCAGGUCCCAGGCUGUUGGUGUCUGAGUGGCCCCACCUCCGUGACGGGCACCGUGGGCGGAUCUCUGAGCGUGCAGUGUCAGUACGAGGAGAAAUUCAGAGAGAUGGCCAAAUACUGGUGCAAAAGCCCAUGUGUGUGGAGUACUGUAAAGACCAAAGAGGCAGACAUAGAAGAGAGUAACGGCCGUGUGUCCAUCAGGGACCAUCCCGCCAACCUCACCUUUACAGUGACCUUGGAGAACCUCACAGAAGGUGAUGCAGGAACAUACUGGUGUGGAAUCGUUACAUCAUGGCUCCCAGGAUAUUUCCUCGACCCCACCUUCCUCGUUGUGGUGUCUGUGACCCCAGGUGAGCUGUGAAACCCCCUCCCCCAGCGCCAGCACUAGGG